AUGGCUUCUCGAUUGGCCAGCGUCCGAGGUCUCGCCCUCUCGUCGACAUCAUCGGUGACUCUGGGUGCCCGUGUAGGACGCUCGGCUGCUGCCGCUUCUGCUGUCGCCCGCGCACCCGUCGUCUCGCUGGUGAGCCGUCGUCAUGUCCACGACGAGGCUGGUGGCAGCACGCCCGACCCUAGGGUCAAGGUGUACUGCGACGAGAUGCGUGAUAUCCUCUUCAAGAACACUCCGCCCUGGGUCGACUUCCACACCAGGCACAUCGGCCCCCGCGACAGCGACGUGGAGGAGAUGCUCCGCGUCGUCGGUGCCGGCAGCGGGCUCGACGACCUCGUGGCCCAGGUGGUCCCCAAGGACGUCAUCCAGCCCCCCACCGAGCGCAUCGCCAGGGAGUCGUUCAUGAGCGAGGAGCGUCUGCUGCCCGCUUUCACCUACCUGGUCGAGAAGAACAAGAAGAUGGACUGGAUGAUUGGCCAGGGCUACUACCCCGUCCACACGCCCGCCGUCAUCAAGCGCAACAUCCUCGAGAGCCCGGCCUGGUACACCAGCUACACGCCCUACCAGGCCGAGAUCAGCCAGGGUCGUCUGCAGUCGCUGCUCAACUACCAGACCAUGGUCUCCGACCUGACCGGCCUGCCCGUCGCCAACGCCAGUCUGCUCGACGAGGGCACCGCCGGUGCCGAGGCCAUGCUCAUGUCCUACAACACCUUGCCCGGCUCGCGCCAGAAGAGGAAGGACAAGACGUAUAUUGUCUCCGACAAGGUCAACCCCACCACCGUUGGCGUCCUCGAGCACCGCGCCCAGGGCUUCGGCAUCACCGUCAAGCAGAUGGACCUGUCCUCCCCCGACGCCCCCGGCAAGCUCAAGGAGCUCGGUCAGGACCUCGUCGGUGCCAUGGUCCAGUACCCCGACACCGACGGCAACGUCGACAACUUCCGCCCAAUCGCCGACGCCGUCCACGAGCUCGGCGCCCAGCUCAGCGCCGCCACCGACCUGUCGGCCCUGACCAUCCUCACCCCGCCCGGCGAGUGGGGCGCCGACAUCGCCUUUGGCAACUCGCAGCGGUUCGGUGUCCCCCUCGGUGGUGGCGGCCCCCACGCCGCCUUCUUCGCCACCAAGGAGGCCAACAAGCGCAGGAUCCCCGGUCGCCUGGUCGGCGUCACCAAGGACCGUCUGGGCCGCCCCGCCCUCCGUCUGGCCCUCCAGACGCGUGAGCAGCACAUCCGCCGCGAGAAGGCCACCAGCAACGUCUGCACCGCCCAGGCGCUCCUGGCCAACAUGGCCGCCAUGUACGCCAUCUACCACGGCCCCGCCCAGCUCCGCGCCAAGGCCCUCGAGAACCUCCGCGGCGCCCGCAUGAUCCAGAAGGCUGCCCUGUACUUUGGAUACAAGGCUCCCGGAUCGCCCCUGCAGCCCGAAGGCCUCGUCCUGUCCGAUACCGUCACCCUCCAGGGUCUCGACGAGGCCCGCCGCCUGGCCCUCCUCAGCGACCUGAACUCGAGGGGCGUGGGCGUCAACUCCACAGAGAGGGGGACCAUCUCCUUCUCCGUGUCGGAGAACCUGACCCCCGCCCUGUACAGGCGCAUCGUCGGCUCCCUCCGGGCCCACGCCCCCAAGAACGAGAGCGCCUACUACCUGCAGACGGCCAAGAACUUCUGGCAGGAGGGCUACGCGCAGACGUCCGACGAGCUCCGCCGCUCCAUCCCCGCCGAGGUCAAGCGCGAGUCCGAAUACCUGACGCACCCGGUCUUCAACACGUAUCACAGCGAGACGGAGAUGCUCCGCUACAUCCACCACCUGCAGUCCAAGGACCUGUCGCAGGUGCACUCGAUGAUCCCGCUCGGCUCGUGCACCAUGAAGCUCAACGGCACCAGCCAGCUGGAGCUCAUCACGGUCGACAAGAACGCCAACAUGCACCCCCUGGCCGGCGACGCCUUCACCGAGGGCUACGCCGACGUCAUCGCCUCUCUGUGCCAGCAGCUGUCGAGCCUCACCGGCAUGGACGCCACGUCGAUCCAGCCCAACUCCGGCGCCCAGGGCGAGUACGCCGGACUGCGCGUCAUCCGCAAGUACCACGAGACGCGGGGCGACACGCAGCGCGACAUCUGCCUGAUCCCCGUCUCGGCCCACGGCACCAACCCCGCCUCGGCCGCCAUGGCCGGCAUGCGCACCGUCCCCAUCAAGUGCAUCGCCGACACGGGCAACCUCGACAUCGAGGACCUCAAAGAGAAGUGCGCCAAGUACGCCGACCAGCUGGGCGCCAUCAUGAUCACCUACCCGUCGACCUACGGCAUCUUCGAGCCGGGCGUGCGCGAAGUAUGCGACAUCGUCCACCAGCACGGCGGCCAGGUCUACAUGGACGGCGCCAACAUGAACGCGCAGAUCGGCCUCACCUCGCCCGGCGGCCUGGGCGCCGACGUCUGCCACCUGAACCUGCACAAGACGUUCUGCAUCCCCCACGGCGGCGGCGGCCCGGGCGUCGGCCCCAUCGCGGUCAAGAGCCAUCUCCAGCCGAUGCUGCAGGAGGCGACGCGGUACGUGACGAGCGCUAAGUUCGGCAGCGCCAGCAUCCUGCCCAUCAGCUGGGCGUACAUCCGCCUGAUGCGCGACGAGGGGCUCCUCAAGGCCACCAAGACGGCGCUCCUCAACGCCAACUACCUCCUCGCCCGCCUCAAGGACCACUACACGGUGGCCUACACCAACGCCCAGGGUCGGUGCGCCCACGAGUUCAUCAUCGACGCCCGGCCCUUUGGCAAGACGGCCGGCAUCGAGGUGGCUGACAUCGCCAAGCGACUCCAGGACUACGGCUUCCACUCGCCCACCAUGAGCUGGCCCGUCCCGGGCACGCUGAUGAUCGAGCCCACCGAGUCUGAGAGCAAGGAGGAGCUCGACCGCUUCGCCGACGCCCUCAUCAGCAUCCGCCAAGAGAUCCGCGAGAUUGAGGAGGGCAAGCAGCCCCGCGAGGGCAACGUCCUCAAGAUGGCGCCCCACCCGCAGAUUGAUCUCAUCCGCGGCGACGGCGAGGGCAAGUGGGACCGUCCUUACUCUCGUGAGAAGGCGGCCUACCCGCUCCCGUACCUGAUCGAGAAGAAGUUUUGGCCUACGGUUGGACGUGCGGAUGAUACCUACGGUGACACUAACCUUUUCUGCACGUGCCCUCCCGUCGAGGACACUACAUAA